GAUGAUAAAGAAAGACAAAAUAUUCGUUAUUUGUAUAUGAAACAUUUAUUUUGCAAUAAACUUAUCAAUAGUUUUCCUGGCCUAAUUUUACCCAAACGGAAAAAAUAGAUGCGUUAAAAUUCCAUGGAGUAUUUAACGCGUUCGGAAAAAAAACGAUUAGAUGAUUUUAGCGGACACACUCUUCAUACUCGAGGGAAAGGUUUAACAAUUAGAAUAUCCAAUCACCGACGAUUCUAACACGGGAAAACGAUAACAAUGUUUGAAAAUAUGGAAUUAAUAAUGAUUGGAUAUAUCAACAAAGGAAGAUUAUAAUAUGUGCGAUUAUGAUCUCUUAGCGGACAUUUUUACGAUAAAUCAAUCAGGAAAAGUUAUAGUGGAAGUAGAAAACUAUUGGAAUUGUCGUGUUAAAUGCAAAAGAAAAACACAGACUUUUUACAAUUUGUGACACUAGACAACUAGCGAAGGUGUUAAAGAAUACUUGACGUGUUAAUUAUGGAUUGCAAAGCGAGAUAUGUUUUAUUUACCUUCGCUGUCAUGUCGUCAUUUUGUGUUGGGGAAGUUAGACUAGAAACAUUAUACCAGAGAUUGUUCGCCAAUUACACGCCACACGUGUUACCGAAGUGUGCGAAUCACGAAGCAGUACAAGUCAAGGUCGGCCUCGCUCUGAGACAGAUUAUUGAUCUAAAUGAACCGCGGCAAAUUCUGGAAACAAACUGUUGGGUUAGAUUGAUAUGGAAUGAUUGUAACUUACAAUGGAACGAGACGGAAACAGGAAUCAGCAACAUGGUGGUACCAUUCAAAAAUAUCUGGGUUCCUGACAUAACACUUUAUGACAACGCACAGAACGAGUUAGGCGGGUUGACUGAUUUUCGACCAGACGUUUAUCCAGACGGGUCCGUAUAUUACAAUUUUCCAAGCGUCAUUAAGAGUCUGUGUAAAGUUGACGUAACAUACUUCCCUUUUGACGUUCAACAAUGUCAAAUGAAGUUUGGGUCCUGGUCGUCCCAUGGUUAUGACGUAAAUGUUUCAGAAAGGGUAUCAGCCGGUGAUAUCUCCAUGUUUGUAGCUAAUGGAGAAUGGGAAAUAAUUGGACUGCCGUCUAUUCGUCACGAGAUAUAUUACGCCUGCUGUUCACAGCCGUACCCGGAUGUUACAUUCUACAUUCAGAUUCAAAGGAAACCAUUAUUCUAUUUGUUAAACCUAAUUUUCCCGUGCACCCUGAUUUCAACAGUUGCCUUCCUUGGGUUUCUGUUACCACCAGAUUCCGGGGAGAAAAUUUCUCUAGAGAUUACAGUGCUGCUGUCAUUGGCGGUCUUCUUGCUAGUGGUAUCUGAAACAAUGCCUCCAGAUUCCGAAACCUUCCCUUAUAUUGGUGUUUAUUUCGCUUGUGCUAUGUUGUUGGUGUCAAUGUCGUGCCUGAUGACAGUUACUGUCCUUAACCUGCAUUUCAAAGGAAAUUUCGGGAAGAAAAUGCCUAUCUGGGUCCGGAAAGUGUUCUUGCAUGGUUUUGGGCGCCUUCUCCACGUAAAGGUUUCGGAGAAAGAUAACAGGGUUGUACCAGACGUUCGUAAUAACGUUGAGAGAUUUCACGAAACCCAUGACAACGCUGGCUUCAACGUUCAUCCUGAAGACUUCCGGUCCGACAUGUCUAAUCAUGAAAACAACAUUAAUAAAAUACUGAAUGACCUGAAUGAUACGACGGGCAAACCUGUAAAUUUACCGCCGGAGUUUGAUUACGACACUUCAAACGACAUGGUUAGAAUAUUGAAACAGCAACUGGACUGUCUACACAGUAUCAAAGAACACAUUGAUGAGAAGCGGGAGCUGGAAGAUACCAUGGAAGAUUGGAAGAAACUGGCCCAAGUUGUGGACAGAAUUUUCAUGGUUUUAUUCUUCAUGUUCCAGAUAAUCACUUCAUUAUUCAUACUUUUGAAAAUUUCUACAACAGACAUUCCCCUAGAAGCGGAAUAAAAUGCAGGCAAAUUUACAAUCAAGAUAAAUUAUAAGUAGCAAAUGAAUGAAAAACGUCACGUAUAAUGUUUCUUGUCUAAAGAUUAAAUGUUAAGGUUGAACAAACAUGAAAUACAACGGACUUUAUAUUAAUAAGGGAAAAUGCUCCUAUCGAUGAUAACAGACAUGUAGAAGCAUGAUGUAGCAAAUAAAUAAGUAACGUCACGUAUACCGUUUCUUAUUUUAAGAUAACAAGCAUGAACAGUAAAUCUAAAGGUUAAAUGUUGAGGUUGAACUAACGUGGGAUACAAUUUACUUUAUUUUAAGGGAAAAUACCCUUAUCGAUGAUAAAAAAACAUGUUCAUCUGGAAAGAUGAAGGAUUUUGAAGGAUAUAUCUAUAAGUGAUUUUACAUUUCUCGUUGCAAUUCCCUCAUGCAAUUCAGGCAAAGAUAACUAAGUGCUAAGUGCUUGUGUCGUGGGUUCAAAAUUGCAAUCAGUUUGUUUUACUCUGCUGAAUAUUUGCAGGAAUGUCUCUGUUAAUAUCUGUUUCACGUUACUUAUUACAUGUAGAUAGAUAAUGUUAGAUAGUUUACUUUUUUAUUCUCUGUCUCAGAAAAUGACCUAUAUAUCUACAAGUGAAAAUGUGAUAGUGUGAUAUUCUCAGUCGAGUGCAAGUGUAAGAAAUGUGUGCCAUAGUGUGGGUUUUUUUACAAACUGAAGCUGCUAGACUGUUUUACCAUAUCGAGAUUCUUUCAUCAGCAACGUUCUAGUCAAAUUAAAUGUGAAAAUUUAUCAAACAGUUUAAAUCUGACCUCCCAAUACAAAUCAUUUCAUCUAUGAAAUACAAUAUAUAGAAUCAUUCAAUUUUGUCAUACAGUAUGCAUGUGCAUAGGACAGUGAAUGAUUGAUAAUAAUAGAUUUGGUGCCUUAACGACUGAAAUAUUAAGUUGUUAUAUUUAAAUAUUAAUUUACAUUUUACAGUGUCCUCAUUGUUUCGAGGUUCGUAUUUGGACCUAGGCAAUAACAUUCAGGACAAUUUAUUUGAACAUGCCAGACAUUGACAUAAAUCAACAUUUAGCUUGAUAUAAAUUAACAAUCAUCUCAAAAGUGAUAAAUGUGCAACUGUUAAAAGUAGGACUAUUCUUCUCUACCUUAUCUACAGUUCUGUGAAACAUCAUUCUUUGGUUUCCGGUUGUGUACAGUUGUGUUUUAAUCUACUAUAAAUUUGUAAGAAAAUAAAAGUGUUUUUUCAAAUCAUAUAAUUAAAAUUCAGUAGCAUUGUUGUUGUUUUUCUCUGACUGCGCUUUUACGUUGUUUUUUUUUUCUCUCCUUUUUUCUGUUGAAUAUGUGUUUAUACAGUGUUAGUACCAAAAUGUUUUUAUACGCACAGACAAAAAUCAAACAGUAUUGAAAAU